AUGCUGUCCUGUGCUGUCUUUAUACUGGGCCCGCUCUGGGUCAGUUUGAUUCAGACCUGCAGGGGAGAAGAGCUGUCCAGAGAGGUUGUGUUGUCAUGGUUUAGAGAGCGGGUUCUGGAGGAGCUGGGUGUGAAGGGACCCCCUCUCGCCAUGGUGCAGGGCCCUGAUAGAAAUGUGGCACAGUUGAGGAUGAGGCACUUGCACACGAGGGUCCUCAGGACAAGAAGAAGCAUGUGGGUCAAUCGUCAAACUAGUCCAGACAUCGAAAAGACUCAAAUGAUUCUGUUCCCAAGUUCAGACUCAUCCUGUGCCGCAAAUGACUCGGCAGGAGAAACCACCAUGACUCACCUCUCAUUUUACUUCCAGCCUUCAAUCAACUUCCAAAACACUGUCGCCACAUCUGCCCACUUCUGGUUGUACGUAGGUGAAGGAGCAGCACACAACUCCUCCGGCCCGCUGUUCAUGGUCUCCACCAAUCAGCAGCUGCUUCCGGCAGCAGCGGCUCCAUCCAUGAGCUCUGACGGAUGGGGCACCUACAGUGUGGACCAAAGUGUUCUGGUCUCUCUGGCCGAGGGCCCUUUCCUCCUGCAGGUCCACUGCACAUCCUGCCAGAGCCACAACAGCCAGCCAGACAAGACCCCCUUCCUCAGUAUCCACGUCCGACCUCGAGGGCCUGUCCGGUCACCCCGCCACGCACCACUCACCAUCCCCUGGUCUCCUUCUGCCAUCUACCUCCUACAGCGGCCGUCGCAGGAGAUGCUUGAGCACGGCGACUGCCACCGGGCAGGAGUUGAAAUCAGCUUUGAGGAGCUGGGCUGGGACAACUGGAUCGUGGACCCGAAGGUGCUGACCUUCUACUACUGUCACGGUAACUGCUCGGCCGGGGAUCGGACCAUGGCGAGGUUGGGGAUGGCUCAGUGCUGCGCUCCUGUCCCGGGGACCAUGAAGUCCCUGAAGAUCACCACGACCUCUGACGGCGGCUACUCCUUCAAUAUAGAGACCUUGCCCAACAUUAUACCCGAGGUGUGCGCCUGUAUUUGA